AUGAAGAGAAAAGCGGAAGCAGCUGUUGGAUCCUCCAAGGCCAACAAGAAAAAGUCCAAGCCUUCUUUGACCUCAGAGGAAGCUCAGAAGCGGUUUCGUGCUGGUCUUUUCGACAAGAAGGUCCUCGAUUCCUAUACAGAUCAAUAUGCCCAGUCAGAACCUUAUAAGCAUGCCGUCAUCAACGGCCUUGUUGACGAUUCCCUUCUUCGAUCGGUUCGCAGCGAGAUCAAGGCCAACGUCGAGUUCACCCCCAAGGAGACCGAUAUCUACAAGAUCCACCAGUCAGGCGACCUGGCCAACCUCGAUGGUCUAGACGACGAGUCUCUAGCUAAGCUGCCUUCGCUGCUCAAGCUGCGCGAUGCUAUAUACUCCGAAGCCUUUCGCAACUAUGUCUCUCACAUCACCAAUUGCGGCCCGUUGAGCGGUCGCAAGACUGACAUGGCUAUCAACAUCUAUACGCCUGGCUGCUACCUCCUUUGCCAUGACGACGUCAUUGGUAGCCGGCGCGUCAGUUAUAUCCUCUACCUCGUUGACCCCGACACGCCCUGGAAGCCCGAAUGGGGUGGCGCGCUCCGUCUGUUCCCCGUGCAGGAGCUCAAGGACAAGGACGGCGAGAUCGCGAAGACACCGCUUCCUGACGUUACAAAGGUCAUUCCGCCUGCGUGGAACCAGCUGAGCUUCUUCGCUGUCCAGCCUGGAGAGAGUUUCCACGACGUCGAGGAGGUCUAUCGCGCCGAAACCAAGGAGCAGCUAGAGAGGGACGGUGGUCGCAUUCGUAUGGCUAUCAGUGGAUGGUUCCAUAUUCCCCAGAUUGGAGAGGACGGUUACAUUAAGGGAGAAGAGGAGAGAAACGCCAAGAACAGCGGCUUGAUGCAACUUCAGGGCAAUCCUGCUCAGUACGAUAUGCCUCAGCCUCAGGUUAUGAAGGUUGAUAAGGCCAGCCAGGAUGGUUUCGACGAAGCUGAUCUUGAGUUUCUGCUCAAGUACAUUUCGCCUGCAUAUCUGGUUCCUGAUGCCUUGGAGGAGAUCUCCGAGACCUUCAACGAGAUGUUUGAAAUCACCUUGCCAGAUAUUCUGGGCAAGAAGUUUGCCCAGCGCCUAAGAGACUACGUUGAGGCUGAGGAGAAGAAACCCGCACAAGAAGAUACUGCUACGAUAGAAAAGAAGACUUCAUGGCGUGUAGCCAAGCCUCCUCACAAGGCGCGAUAUCUCUACCAACAGCCCAGCGGACCUGAUCAGCUUCGCACCUCACAGGAGGAAUCUCCCAUCACUGAACUUCUCGACAUCUUCCUGCCCAGCCGUCAGUUCCGCCAAUGGCUCCAGAUGGCCACCAAAACCACCAUCGAAAGUGCCGACCUCCUCGCGCGUCGUUUCCGCCGUGGUCUCGACUACACUCUCGCGACUGGCCACGAGGGCAAGGCGCGCGUAGAAAUUAACCUCGGAUUCACACCUACAUCUGGCUGGGGCGAAGAUGAGGAAGAGGAUCCCGAGGAAGAAGCUGAAGAUCAGAACGGCGAGGAUGUAAAAAGUAAAGGAAAAGGAAAAGCCACGGCUGUAGAGAAAAAGAAGAAGGAGGAGGAGGAAACACCUGAAGUCGGCGGCCAAGAAAUCUUCAUGUCCGGUGAUGAUGAUGCCGAUGAAGAUGCAGCGGUAUACAAGACAGGCGAUGACGACGACAACAUUCUCUUCUUCCAGGCUGCGUCAUGGAAUAAGAUGACUAUUGUUAUGCGCGACAGCGGCGCUCUUAAGUUCGUCAAAUACGUCAGCAAAAGCGCCAAGGGCGACCGAUGGGAUAUCUCUGGUGCCUUUGAGAUCGAAGAGGAGGAGGACGAUGAAGACGCUGGCGAAGGAGCUGCGCCAGAUGAUGAUGAUGAUGAUGAUGACGAGGAGGAGUUCCAAGGCUUUUCACCUGAUGCAGCUGAGAGCGACUCUGAAUAA